AAUAUUUUCCCAGUCCUCAAGUUCUCAGAACAUGUUCGCUGCUCAGGCUUUCGCUUCGCUCUUCUCCUCGCCGGCCAAGACUUCCUCGCCUUCGCUUGCCAGCGACCAUCCCACUGGCGGACAGGCUGCGCACCACGCCAAGCCGCUCUUCUUUACGACUCCCCACCAUCUCAAGCUGACUUACUUCCCCAUCCGCGGCCUGGCGGAGGACAUUCGCCUGAUUCUCGAGGAGUCUGGCAUUGCGUACGAGAGCGAGAACAUCUCCUUCCACGACUGGCACGAGGGCGGCAUCAAGCAACAGCGCGCCGCUGACAAUCCAUUCGGACAGAUGCCGAUUCUCUAUGUGAACAAGGGCGAGUUCAUCCUGUCUCAGAGCAAGGCCAUCAUCCGCUUCAUUGCUCGCAGCACUGGCCUCGAUGGCGGUGAUGCGUACUCUGCCGCACGCUGCGAUCAGCUUGCUGAGGGCAUCGCAGACCUCCGCCGCCAGUAUGCUACACUCGCGUACGACAAGGAGUUUGCCGCCAAGGUUGGCGAUUUCAUCAACAAGACCCUAGUGAACUCGUUCACCACCAUCGAGCGCGUGUACGACCAGAACAAGACCCGCUACCUGCUGUCCCAAGACCGCGUGUCCUAUGCCGACAUCAUGCUGUUCGAGCUGGUCGAUCAGAUUCUUGCGCUCGGCCAAGAUGCUCGCAGCGUCGUCGCCAAGUUUGACCGCAUCGGCGAGGUGUACAAGAGCAUUGCCGCUCGUCCGCGCAUUGCCGCCUACCUCGCGUCUUCGCGUCGCGUGGUUGCGAUCAACGGCGCCUCUGCCUCUGUCGGCGCGUUCAAAGCUUGAGCGCAGUGCAUUUUUUUAGGUUUGGUUUGUGUGGUUUCCGUCCGAGAUUUUUAUGGUUUUCAGCUGUUGGGGGAUGCGCAUGUGGCCCUGUCUCUCGAAUCGCUGCAAGCCCGAGGAUGUGCGACAACGUAUUAGAAUAUUAAUAAACACCAAUAUGAACAAAGCACA